AUUAUAGCUGUUUUCAGGGGAUUUAAGGACUAAAAAAAAUUUGGUGUUACUGUUCUUUAAAGCUACUUGUUGCGGCUACAGAAGAGACAAUACUGAUCACUGUCUCUACGUGUGUUUUAGGAGAGACAGUGGUCAGUAUUGGUCUAUAGCAGGGUAUUUUCUGGGCGCAACAUGUAGCAGCGUGCGUCAUAGCCCCAAUAAUAGUGAAUGUAGAAAUCAAUACCUACACAGUCGCCAACACAGGGAAGCAGAACACAGAUAAACAAAAAUACUGAUAUACACCUUUGUGAGGUAUCUGAACUAAUGGGAGGUCAUUGAUUAAAAUCCAUAAGAUAGAAUAAAUACAUAGCACACGGAAUCCAUACAUAUACAGGUGUAAGCAUAUGAACUGUAUGGGGAAACACGUAUGUUAGUUAAUGUGUAUCCACAGCAAUAAUACUGCACCCAUAAUCUCCAUAAAUACACUGAAUGUCCCUCAUAUACACCAAGCCUGUGCUAAAGGGAAUAAUACACAUUUCCUAAACUACACAAUCACGUACAAAUGUAAGGGGGUACUGUUGUCCCAUAUUUACCCUCUUUUUCACAAUUCCAUUUUAUUGCUAUAUGCAAGACCCAAAGGGGAUCUGAACCCAAAUAAAUGAAUUGAUAGUAACUUUCUCAGGGUGCUUCUCCGAGCACAUUUUCUAAUUUACAUUCAUUUUUAAAAGGCAAAUAGAAAGCUUUUAGCUAAACUGAAAGUCAGCAACCCAAGGGUUACAUGAAUCCAGGCCAUGCACAGACAGUGUAAUAAUAGUAUAAAACUAUGCCAAUAUCCCAGAAACCGCUUAAAACAUUAAAUGAAUGUAAAUUGCAAAUUGCUGAAAGUAGUGAUGUGUGGGUCAAGAAAAACUCAAACCGCUCCCAAGCCGGCUUCUUCCCUCCGUUUUUAGACCAACGCCGCAUGCCUAUAAAUCCGGAAGUUGGCAAUGUCAGGCCGUGGGGGGAAGAAAGAACAGAUCAACCCAAACCCACCCGAAACCCGCAAAUGGAGUGCUGAGGUCAGCUGAACCUACCCACAACUUGCAAAUGGCGUGCCGAGGUCAGCCCAAUCCUGCCCGCUACCCACAAAUGGCGUGCCGAGGUCAUCCCAAUCCUGCCCGCUACCCACAAAUGGCGUGCCGAGGUCAGCGCAAUCCUGCCCGCUACCCACAAAUGGUGUGCCGAGGUCAGCCCAAUCCUGCCCGCUACCCAGAAAUGGCGUGCCGAGGUCAGCCCAAUCCUGCCCGCUACCCAGAAAUGGCGUGCCGAGGUCAGGCUGAUCCUGCCCGCUACCCACAAAUGGUGUGCCGAGGUCAGCCCAAUCCUGCCCGCUACCCACAAAUGGUGUGCCGAGGUCAGCCCAAUCCUGCCCGCUACCCACAAAUGGUGUGCCGAGGUCAGCCCAAUCCUGCCCGCUACCCACAAAUGGUGUGCCGAGGUCAGCCCAAUCCUGCCCGCUACCCACAAAUGGUGUGCCGAGGUCAGCCCAAUCCUGCCCGCUACCCACAAAUGGCGUGCCGAGGUCAGCGCAAUCCUGCCCGCUACCCACAAAUGGCGUGCCGAGGUCAGCCCAAUCCUGCCCGCUACCCACAAAUGUUGUGCCGAGGUCAGCCCAAUCCUGCCCGCUACCCACAAAUGUUGUGCCGAGGUCAGCCCAAUCCUGCCCGCUACCCACAAAUGGCGUGCCGAGGACAGGCUGAUCCCUGGGUCCCUUGGGUAUCAGCCCAACCUGCACAUCACUAGCUCAGAGGAUCUCUCUGAGUAAGUUUAUACAAAUUCAUUUUUGGUGUUUGGGUCCCCUUAAUGGUACUUUGAUUCUGGAGCAACUAUACACUUUGCCAUAAAGCAAACAAGAAAGGAAACUUGCCUGAGUGCCAGGAAAUGAAUUCCUCCAGGCUUGUGCAAUAUCACUUGCAGUACGAGGGGUUUGUCCCUACUGUACAUAACAUUACAUACGGACACCAUUCUGACAGCAGUGUCCCUUUUUUACAGCAGCACAGCUUCAUUUUAACAAUCAAUUUCCGCAGUCACUAAUACAGGUAUGGGAUCUAUUGGCCAGAAUGCUUGGCACCUGAGCUUUUCUAGA